CGGUUGAGCAUGCUGUUCAUCCGCUCGUUUUUCUUUCUUACUGAAAAAACAAUAUUCCAGGUAAUGUCCGAUUCAUUUCAUGAGUGCUGUCUACGAUGUGUGACAUGCAAUCAAAAUCUAUCCAACAAUCCUACGUGUUUUUCUAAAGACGGACGACUUUAUUGCCGAGAAGAUCACUCGAUAUUAUUCGGUCGAUUCUGUGCACGGUGUCAUGGAGCGCUGGCUUCACGUGAUUUGGUGUUCCGCUGUCAACAUGCCACGUAUCAUCAGCACUGUUUCUCUUGUUUUUAUUGCCAUGUACACGACGGAGAAACAGUACCAUAUGUAUAUGAACACGAUCAGCGAAUUUCAGUGGCAGGAGCGCCUGCGAUGUUUGACUUCGAGACGUCUGAAUCCAGUCGAAAGACGCCGAAGAGACCUAGAACAAUACUCAACGCCACGCAGAGGAAGCAGUUCAAAGCGGCUUUUGAAAAAAGCGCGAAACCAUGCCGAAAGAUCCGUGAGCAACUAGCAAAAGAAACAGGGCUCAGUGCUCGUGUGGUCCAAGUAUGGUUCCAAAAUCAGAGAGCGAAGAACUGUUCCGACUGCGAUGAUUUCGACAUGUCGCGGUCAGAGAAAACGUAUCCGGAAAAUCCUAUCGAGAAACUCUACAACAUGCAGAGCACGUACUUCCAGUUCACAUGA